UCUUCUACAUUUCCAUUUCUAGUAUACAGAGGACGACAGCAGCAGCAACAGCUUGUGACUCUGUCUAUGGCGAUCCGAUGGGAAGCAGUGUUGGAAGCCUUAGAACUGAAACCACUAGUCCCUUCGCCUUCUUCCAUCUCCGAGGGACUGCCAUCAUCCCCGUCGAGCACAAGGCCCGGCCACUAUCUCCGUCGCAGGGUUGAAGUGGAGGAAUCAGCAUAUUCAGAAUGCUGGUUAUGGCAUCACCUCUUCCAUCAACUUGGUGUGGUCAGCUUAGGAAACCUGAAUUUUGUCAUGCUUCUCAGUCUUCGCGGCAACUAGAAGUUGUCUCUACCAAAAGAAAUACAACAAGGACUCUUCAUAGCACUGUAUCGAGGAAAGAAGGCAUGGUGGCUGCAGCCACUCAAUCCUCGGGAAGGGGUAGUAAAUUUGCUGUAAUUAAAUCCGUAUCGAAGGAGGUUUUUCCACAAUUGUCUUUCACUAUUGCUUUUCUCCCAAGCUAUGACCAAAUUCUGAAGUUUGCAAUUGAGAAGUUCAAAUCCAUCAUUGGGAUUCACGGUCAGCAUCCUCCUAGGAUUUUUGACGUAGUCAUUAGUUACAAACGAAAGGACACAGGCGAUUUCGUGAGCCAUCUUAAGGCUGCUCUUGAGCGGAGGGGGAUAAGAACAUUUGUUGAUUAUAUACUGGAUGAAGGAGAAGAGAUCCUGCCAGCAAUUGAAGCAGUGAUCAAGCAGUCAAAUAUUGCUGUCGUGGUUGUCUCUCAGCAUUUCCAUACCUCACCAUGGUGCCUUAAUGAGCUGGUGAAGAUCCUUGAUUGCCAAAAAAAGCAGGGUCUGAUUGUAUUUCCCAUUUUCUGGGGCAUUGAUGCAAGAGAGCUGCGAGAGCAAUCCAGUCCUUUUGUGGAGAAUAUUGGCCAAGGCGAAGAGGGUUUCGAGCAGGAGAAGCCACGCCGGGUCUGGAGGUGGAAAAAAGCUUUGCGAGCAUUGGGCAAGAUCAAUGGCUUUCCUGUUAGUGCCUGUUCAGAUAAAAAUGAAGCUGAAUUGGUCGAGGACCUUGCGGACAAAAUCUCAGCCAAGCUGACACGGUAGGUGUGAACGUUGCUUCCCAUCCAGCUGGUUACUCUCAAUCUGACUUUAUUUUGUCUUGAGCAAAUAUCAAAUACAAGAUAUGAUAAAUUUUAUCUUAUCAUAAAUUUUAUUCUAACUGCCAAACAUAGCCCUAGCGUAUAGUGCCACAGUUAUAAUUUCAAUAGAUGUGCAAUCUUCAUUUUUGGAUACUACAUAUAAGAUACAGAGCUUGUACUUGCCCCGACGCUCUCUCUAUCACUCUCACAUGAUGACAUAGUGGCCUUUGCCAUGGCUGCAAAGUCCUUGAUCGAGGUUGCUCAUUGUUGCCGUGUCCUCAGCAGAGGCCCCCACCAAGGUCACCAUGGAGAGAGAGAGAGAGAGAGAGAGAGAGAGAGAGAGAGAUGGCA